GGAUAGAAUUGGUUAUGAUAGAUUCCUCAUCGGUGUCAGGUUUCAUAUAUACACAUGGCGUUCUCUCCAUUCUUGUCCCCGGCUAUUUGAACCAAGAUAACCAGAAACACGAACUACUGCGAUGUCAGAGCCGAGACAUGGCGAUCCUCAGCCUCAGCCUUUCUCGCAGGCUCGCAAGUCCGUUGAUUGGCCAUACAACCUCAGUCCAAUAACACCCACGUAUGCUGCCCGUGCCGGUUUGAGUCGCGUGGAUGUCCCAAGCACAAAACAGUACUCGUAUUUCUAUCUCAGUUGAACCUUGAGAAUUUACGACCCCAAUACUAUGAUGGCGGGAAGAGGGCAAGGACUUCUCCCAUCAUCCCAUGUUGGGCAUCUUGGAGAGAUGGUCUUCUUUUGGAUCGAGUCGUAUUUAGUUCUUUGGAGCCGCUGGGCUGAGUCGGUGGGUUUCUGCCGCGUCUAGAUAAAUACGAGUGCCGUGGCUGGAGGUGAGUCGUGGUCUCGUGCGAGGUGGAGCCUGGGCCUCGAGCUUGGAGGUGCAAACAGAAACAUCAGCUAGGCUGAGACGGGAACUCCAAGCAUACAUGAUAGAUACUGUACUGCCUGCUUGGAACGAUCAAUUGACGGUAGGGAUUGUUCUGCAGGAGCGGCUAUUUUUGCAAUCACAUACAGUAAAUGCAUGUAAUUUACAUUUCUGGCUCUGCCGUUGGGCACUUAAAUUAAGCUCGCCGUCCAGUCCGCUGGACUAAGUACUGUAAGGCAGGUAAGGUACUUACUUAUAAGGUACGGUAACGAACGUCGUCAAGCCUCGCCGCACCUCCACUCUCCUUAUCCCCUCCCCCAACCUUCGAUUCAUCAACCUCCGAACGUCACUCACCUCUCUCUCUUCCCGCCGCGUACAACACCCUCCCUCCCCGUUUCCACCCCCAUGUUGCAUUCAGCAGAACCCGUUCAUCUCGUCUUCCAUUGACGAGGGAGACCGGCUGCGCCGCAUCACCAGCGUCAUAUAUAUCUACGAUAGAUAGAGCUCCACUCGAAACUUUUGUCGUCACCGAAACCCCGGCUAUGUCAAACUUAGAUCCCCAGACACCCAAUUCGCGCCGUCAGGAGAGGAGCGAUGUCGCAUCACCAGUAGAAUGGAGGAAUGCUACAACUAUGGACGAGCAGAUCGCGAGACAGAGCUCUGAGAUUUCAGUGUCAUUCCCCGCAGACCAGCCACUAGAUUCUGGCUCCCUAUUUAGAUCGACGACGAUUGCGCCCUCACCUCCUCCGGGCGCGACUGGUACACCUGUCCCUUCGGAGAACGAAAAGCCCCUCCCUCGUCUCGACACGUCCUCUCAUUUUCUUCCCGUAGAUAUACAUCAGUCGAGUCCGAGUCCGAGUCCUUCAAGCGCGGGCCUGCGCAUACAAACCGAUAUCGUUCCGGGCUAUACCGUUACAGUUGCAAGUACUAGCAAUACGGCGAGGAGUUCAAGCGAUUCGACGAGGAUCCCGUCUAAGUCAUCGAGCACAACAUUAGCGAGGACACCCAGUGUUAAGAACGUCUUUGCGAGCAGUAUAGGCAGCAAUUCGAACUUCGGUUCCGCACCGAACUCUGCUUUGUCUUCGCCCAGGUUGAGCGCAAUGGCAGAUGUCACUCCCCUGCCGUCACCACUUAUGACUGGAGAUUCACCUGGACCCUGGAAAAAGCUCACAGCCCGGCCCCAAUCCCGCGACCUCAUGGUACCCUCCACUGCUGAUUCGGCGCUGGUUACAGCAAACGGAGAAUCAAUAUCUGCAGCUAUUGCAAACCAAACGAAAAGGCGCGCUUAUCAUAUAUUAUCGAAUUCCAAUGCAUCCGCUUUGUCGAGUCCAGAGAAUAAAGAGAGAAAUUCUGAAGGACAUACAAGAAAUCGGAGUAUCAGCGAGUAUGUGCCCGAGUCUGUUCAACUACCAAAAACUCGUCAUAUCACUGUCUCAGGUUCACAUGCUGUGGUUCUCGACGUGACUCCAACGGAGCCUACAGCAGACUCACACAUGCGGAGGGAGCCACAUUUGGCUGUGCAAAGGGGUUUAGCACCAGUGCCUACCCCUCCAACCCCACCUUCAAGUAGAACUGGAGGAGAGAGCAGUGACAGUGAUUCUUCACUGACUACCGCAUACCUACCUCGGCCUAGCAAGAAACCUCGCUACGAGUAUUUUGAUGCCUACACAAGAGAGGACUCAAAAAGGAGAAGAUGGCGAGCCUUGAAGAUUCUAGGCCAAGGAACUUUUAGUAAAGUCAUGCUAGCAACAAGUCAAGUACCAGAAGUCGAAAAUCGUAUAGAUGAAGACGAUGUAUUUGGCUCUCAAAUGGACGGGAUCAUGACACCGGUGCCAGAGGCAAAAAUCGACCGCAAAAAACUUGUUGCGGUCAAGAUCUGUGAGCAUGGCCCUAAAGGAGGCGCUUCCGAAGAACGGGUGGAGAUGUCUCUUAAGCGAGAGCUUGAGAUCAUGAAGUCAAUACACCACCCUUCGCUUGUUCACCUCAAAGCGUGGAAUAUUGAAGAAACUCGAGCUAUUCUAGUGCUCAGUUAUUGUCCUGGUGGGGAUCUCUUCGAGGUUGCAAGCGAGCACCGAGAUUUGCUUGUGCCCAGCUUGCUGAGAAGGAUGUUCUCCGAGCUUGUAGCUGCAGUGCAAUACUUACACGAGAGGCAUAUUGUGCACCGGGAUAUCAAGCUUGAGAGUAUGUCUUUUUGACUAUUUGAUAUUGUUUGAUGCUGAUUACAUCUAGAUGUUCUGGUCAACCUUCCUCAACACGAGCUCCGUAGACCUCAGGACUGGGCCACAUAUCCCAAUUCUAUCAUCACCCUUACAGAUCUCGGGUUAUCACGUCGUGUGGCCGAUGAUGAGAAACUCACUACUCGUUGCGGGUCUGAUGAUUAUGCGGCUCCAGAAGUGAUAAUGGGACAAGCCUACGAUGGUCGAGCAACAGAUGCCUGGUCACUUGGAGUUCUCCUAUACGCUCUUCUCGAAAGCCGAUUACCAUUUGACCCAAAUCCAGGGAUGUCCGAAGGUCAUAAGCAACGCAGCCGCACUAGCCACCGCAUUGCACGAGUGGAGUGGAGGUGGAUAGAGUACGCAGGCGAAGAAGGGGACCACGAAGGUGAUCCCGAGAAGUUCAAGGAGCGAGGACUCCUUGGCGCCAUGACCGUCACCGAAGGUCUUCUGAAGCGAGCCAGAAGUCGAUGGACUAUGGCGAAAGUCGCCGAAGAGGAGUGGGUGAGGGGAGGUAUUGAGAUCGAGAACGGCAUCAAGUUUCGGGAAGAGGACAUCCCGGAAGAAGUCCCUGACAAUGGUUUGGGGAUCCAGUCUCCGUUAUGAAAUCAUUGAAUCGGCAUUACUUUCUUUUUGCCGGGCUUGUUAAUGCGGCGUUUCGACCAGUCAACAACCUCUUUCCAAGAGGCCUUUGCUUUCCUUUGUCAUUCUUAUUCUACAACCAAAGAUUAGGGAGACGGUCGGGAAGGAAGGAAUGAAAGCCGGAUGGUUGGCUGGACGGAAGGACGGACGGACGGACGGACUGAUAAAGAGGAUACUUUUAGAUAGACAGUGAUUUGGAAUGGAAUUUCCCUGCUGGCGCAAGCGAGUGAGCGAGCGAGUUAGGUAAUGUUUGCUUGGGCUUUUGGGGUUGGCGUGGCGUGGCGUUCUUGUUAUUCCUUUUGUCCUUCCUUGUAGGAAUGAAUGGAUCGAUAGUGGGAUUUAGGGAGUCUGUCCUUAUAUUUGACAGCUUUUGUCUCUGUCUUUGUCUUUGAUAUGAAAGAGUUCGGCUUGGCUGGUUUUGGCUGGUGUGUCAGGAGAACGUUGGAAGUGCUGGAAGCGAAACAUUGGCGAGAGGGAAGCAGGAGUGAGAGAGUGUGCGGAUGUUAUGUAUGUUAGUUUGAAGACGUGUAUAAGAGGAGACAGGAAGAAUGGUCGUGGGGGGGGAUGCUACAAGGGGGUGUGAUUUGAUUCAGAGGAUCUGAAGGUGUAAGGUGUAGAAUAGAAGCAAUACAGAAGGGGUCUAUUGAAC